AUGCUCAACAUUGUCGUGUCGACGUCGGCCAGCGAGUCGCCGGAGAACCCGAUGGACCUCAUCGCGCAGUUGAGCCUGCUCGCUAACUUGAAGAGCCAGCUUGACGCCCAAUCCCUGACCCUGCCUGGCCUCGGCGAUCUUCAAGAAACCAUGCAGAACGCGGCCUCGAAUAUCCUACAGCAGUUUGGCCUCUCCUCCCAACUGCCGCCGAUCCCGACCACCUUGGCGUCGAUUGAGCAGCUACUGGGCGGACAGCCACCUGUUCCGGUGACGCUAGCCCCCACGGUCCCGUCCACCUCUCAACCUCCGCCACCUCAACCUGCCGCUCCGCUGGCUGCGCCUCUUUCGGCUGCGACUCCCGUGUCCGCUUCCGCGGAUGAGGGUACCAAGAAUAAGCGGAAACGGACGACCUUCACUAACGCGCAGCAGGUCAAGCUCGAGAUGGAGUACAACCAAGACCAAUACAUGCCGAGGUCGAGGAGAUUGGCCGUUGCGGAUUCUUUGCGACUUACGGAAAGUCAGGUGAAAACUUGGUUCCAAAAUCGACGUGCAAAAGACAAGAAGACCAGUCGUGUCAAUGAAUCCGCGGCAGCAGCCGGAGUGCAACACUCACGAUCCAGCGACAUUCCCUCCCCACCCAGGCUGAAGCCGUCCCCUCCAACAUCUGCCAACCUCCCAAUGCCAAUCGUCCUUCCCCCAUCAUCUGUCUCAACCCCGACAUCACUGUCCCAUACCCCACUCCCGCUGCCGCCACUACCGUCAUUCCCCGUAUCACGCCAAAACGACUUCCUUCCCCAAAUCCCGGACCUGACGGCUUUCCCGUAUAAUCAUCUGAAUGGGCUGCAUCCGAUCAAUCUGGGACAGAUCCAGGUCGGGCUAUGCGACUUUGGCAGUUUGACGGCCGGCACGCCGAAGACGAAUGAGCCGAACUUCCCGAGCGACCUCUACCGAGCCUUCGGCUAUCAAGAUACCCGAACGACGCCACUUCAGAAUUUCGGAUUUGGGAGUCUCGAGCCACUGCUGCUCCCUGGAGGCCUCGAACCGUUGAAGCCUCCCCAGUUGCUCAGCUCACAAUUAUCGUACUCGUCGACCCCGUCGGCAACUGCCGUCACCCCUCCCAUGCACCAGGGAAAU